GUGGCUGGAUGCGGGGAGUUUGGAGUUGGAGGGCAAGGAAGGGAGCAGGGCCUGGGGGAGGGGGGAAAGAGGGGUGCUGGUGGUGCUGUAUCUGGGAGUAAGUUUCCAAGAACGAGAGAGCCUGCACGCUUGCUUGCUAGCUACUCGGCUCGCCCCCCACCUCACCCCCCCAAGUGGAGAUUGGUCGUCUUGUCGGAUUGCCCAGGCACUUGUUGCCGAAACAGCCAAGGCUCUGGUUCCAGAGGAUGGUGAAGGAGGAAGGCACAGGAGCAAGGCGACCCUGAAGGAGUCUCCAGCGGUCUCACUCCUCAGACAGACCCAGGUCUCUUCUUCCCACCUGCCCAGCAGCAUGUGAGCAGCAUGACUGGCCAGCUGCAGGAGAAGCCCCCAGAGCCAGGACCCCCACACAGCUACCCGCUACCAAGGUCAAGGUGCGAAGGACGUUCCCCCACCACGGUGGUGUCUGGUCCGUACUUCCGCCCGGGCGAGGAUGUAGGCAGCUCUGCCCUGCUGAUGACUGGUCCAAGCCAACAGGGACCCCUGCCUCCAGCCACCUUCAAAGACAUGUCAGCCGUGGAGUAGGGUGGACACUUUCUCUCAUCUUCUCAGGGUCUCAGGAUUUUUUUUUUAUUGGAUUUUCUUCAUUUCUUCUUUUUUGUUGCUGUUUUUUUGGUUUUUGUUUUGUGGCUGAACACUCAUAAGCAAGGAGGGCAUCAUGGGGGACCAGCAACUGUACAAGACCAAUCACGUGGCCCAUGGUGGUGAGAACCUCUUCUAUCAACAGCCACCCCUUGGUGUCCACAGCGGGCUGAGCCACAGCUAUGGAAAUACAAUCUCCGGGGCUGGAAUGGACGCCCCGCAGGCCUCACCCAUCUCGCCUCACUUCCCUCAAGAUACUCGGGAUGGUCUUGGCUUGCCUAUUGGCUCCAAAAACCUUGGCCAAAUGGAUACCUCCAGGCAGGGAGGAUGGGGAAGCCAUGCAGGGCCUGGGAACCACGUCCAGCUUCGUAGCAACUUGGCCAACUCAAACAUGAUGUGGGGGGCACCAGCCCAGGUGGAGCCCACUGAUGGCUACCAAUACACUUAUUCCCAGGCCAGCGAGAUCCGGACCCAGAAACUCACCAGUGGGGUUUUGCACAAGCUGGACUCUUUCACCCAGGUGUUUGCCAACCAAAACCUACGGAUUCAGGUCAACAAUAUGGCCCAGGUGCUGCACACCCAAUCAGCAGUGAUGGAUGGAGCCUCUGACAGUGCCCUCCGGCAACUGCUGUCUCAGAAGCCUGUGGAGCCCUCAGCGUCAGCUAUAGCUUCCCGCUACCAGCAGGUGCCCCAGCAGCCUCACCCUGGUUUCACAGGUGGACUGCCCAAACCAGCCCUUCCAGUCGGACAGCACGCUCCCCAAGGGCACCUGUAUUAUGACUACCAGCAGCCCCUGGCCCAGAUGUCCAUGCAAGGAGGACAGUCACUGCAAGCCCCUCAGGUGCUGUCCAGCCAUAUACAACCAUUGCAGCAGCACCAGUAUUACCCACAGCCGCCGCCUCAGCAGCAGCAAGCCGGACUGCAGCGGAUCUCCGUGCAGGAGAUGCAACAGCAGCAGCAGCAGCAGCAGAUUCGCCCCUCACCGCCUCAGCAGCAACAGCAGCUCCAACUGCAGCAGCGGCAGAGUUCACUGCAGAUACCUCAGUAUUAUCAACCCCAACCCAUGAUGCAACACUUGCAAGAGCAGCAGCAGCCAUCCAUGCACCUGCAGCCCCCUUCGUACCACAGGGACCCUCAUCAGUAUACCCCGGAGCAGGCACACGCUGUCCAGCUGAUCCAGCUGGGCUCCAUGCCCCAGUAUUACUAUCAGGAGCCUCAACAGCCCUAUAGCCACCCCCUCUACCAGCAGAGCCACCUGUCCCAGCACCAGCAGCGUGAAGACAGUCAGUUGAAGACGUAUUCUAGUGACAGACAGACCCCGGCUAUGCUGAGCUCCCAUGGGGACGUGGGGCCUUCUGAUACAGGGGUGGCAGAUCCAGCAAGCUCAGAAAUGACACGGGUCACUAGUACCCUUCCUCACCAACCACUCCUGUCCCCCAGUGGGAUCCACCUCAACAACAUGGGGUCUCAGCAUCAGCAGCCAUCUCCCAGUGCGAUGUGGCCCCAGAUGCACUUACCUGAUGGGAGAGCCCAGCCUGGAUCCCCGGAAUCAAGCAGCGGCCAAACCAAAGGAGUGUUUGGGGAACAGUUCGAUGCCAAGAACAAGCUGACGUGCUCCAUCUGCCUGAAGGAGUUCAAAAGCCUGCCUGCCCUGAAUGGCCACAUGCGGUCCCACGGGGGAAUGAGGGCCUCCCCCAGCCUCAAACAGGAGGAAGGAGAGAAGGCCCCACCGCCUCCGCCUCAGCCUCAGCCUCAGCCCCAGCCGCCACUGCCACCUCCGCCUCCGCCGCCGCCACCACCGCAGCUCCCUCCUGAGGCAGAGCGCCUCACGCCUAUGGUCAUGCCCGUGUCUGUCCCUGUCAAGCUUCUCCCACCCAAGCCCAGCUCUCAGGGGUUCACCAACAGCGUCGCUGCCACCCCCUCGGCCAGAGACAAGCCAGCCAGCUCGAUGUCGGACGACGAGAUGCCUGUGCUCGUGAGGAUGACCCUCUCCCCCCCUCACUCUCCCCAAGGGGCUGCCCCCCGUGCGCCUGCUGAAAUCCCCCGGAAACAUCCACCCAUCGCCGCCAAAGUUGAGGAGCCCCUCAAGACCCUACCAGAGAAGAAGAAGUUCCGGCACCGGCCUGAGCCCCUCUUCAUCCCGCCACCGCCUUCUUCCUAUACUCCCAACCCCACCUCUUACUCGGGGGCCACCCUGUACCAGAGCCAGCUGCGCUCCCCACGAAUCCUCGGGGAUCACCUGCUCCUGGACCCCGCCCACGAACUGCCCCCCUACACGCCGCCACCCAUGCUGAGCCCCGUGCGCCAGGGCUCAGGGCUCUUCAGCAAUGUCCUCAUCUCUGGCCACGGCCCUGGAGUGCACCCCCAGCUGCCCCUCACUCCCCUCACGCCCACGCCACGCGUGCUGCUGUGUCGUUCCAGCAGCAUCGACGGCAGCAAUGUGACAGUCACCCCAGGACCUGGAGAACAGACUGUGGAUGUUGAACCACGCAUCAACAUUGGCUUACGAUUCCAAGCAGAGAUCCCAGAACUCCAAGACGUCUCGACCCUGGCUCAGGACACACACAAGGCCACACUGGUAUGGAAGCCGUGGCCUGAGCUGGAAAACCAGGCCCUCCAGCAGCAAGUGGAGAAUCUUCUGAAUUUGUGUUGUUCCAGUGCGCUGCCAGGUGGAGGGACCAAUUCAGAAUUUGCUUUGCACUCUCUCUUUGAGGCCAAAGGUGAUGUGAUGGCUACCCUGGAAAUGCUGCUGCUGCAGAAGCCAGUCAGGUUAAAAUGUCAUCCUUUAGCAAAUUACCACUAUGCUGGUUCUGACAAGUGGACAUCCCUAGAAAGAAAACUGUUUAACAAAGCCUUGGCCACUUACAGCAAAGACUUUAUAUUUGUACAGAAGAUGGUGAAGUCCAAGACAGUGGCUCAGUGCGUGGAGUACUACUACACUUGGAAGAAGAUAAUGCGACUAGGGCGGAAACACCGGACACGCCUGGCAGAAAUCAUUGACGACUGCAUGACCAGCGAAGAGGAAGAGGAGGCCGAGGAGGAAGAAGAAGACCCAGAAGAAGAUAGGAAAUCCAUAAAAGAAGAGGAGAGUGAAGUGUCCAAGUCGCCAGAGCCACCGCCUGCCCCUGCCCUGGCUCCUACUGAGGGGCCACCCAUGCAGGCUGUUGGCCAACAACCAUCAGGCAACUUCAUUUGUGAAAUGCCCAACUGUGGGGCUGACUGUAGAUGUCAUGUCGCUCCCUUUCUUCCUCAGGUGUUCAGCUCCCGACAGGCACUAAACGGCCACGCCCGCAUCCAUGGCGGCACCAACCAGGUGGCUAAGACCCGAGGUGCUGUCCCCUCUGGGAAACAGAAGCCAGGAGGCACCCAGAGUGGGUACUGCUCAGUGAAGAGUUCACCAUCUCACAGUACCACCAGUGGAGAGACAGACCCCACCACCAUCUUCCCCUGCAAGGAGUGUGGCAAGGUCUUCUUUAAGAUCAAAAGCCGGAAUGCACACAUGAAAACCCACCGGCAGCAAGAAGAGCAGCAGAGGCAGAAGGCUCAGAAGGCAGCUUUCGCAGCAGAAAUGGCAGCCACCAUCGAGAGGACUACAGGGCCGGUGGGGGUACCUGAGCUGCUACCCCUGGACCAACUGAGUCUGAUGAAGCCGGUCAAGGACGUGGACAUCCUGGACGAUGACGUGGUCCAGCAGUUAGGCGUCAUGGAGGAGGCCGAGGUGGUAGGCACAGAUCUUCUCUUGGAUGACCAAGAUUCGGUGUUGCUUCAGGGUGAUACAGAACUCUAAACCCCCGUUCAUCACCUAGAGACACAGAAGCCAUGGCCUCCACCUCCGUGGUCCACAGAGCCUGGACUUCCUGCUCCUUUGGAAACCCUUUUAAACUACCUGUUUAAAAAGCGGUCCUUUUCUUCAGGUUAAGGGAGGGAACUCCAGUUCUUUCUCUUUUACCUUCUUUUACAUUGUUUUUGUUGGGGGUUGGGGGGAAUAAAAACUUGGCACAACUGUCUUUAAGAGGUGUCUCAUCUGGGCUGUGUUCUCAUGAGGCCGCUUUCCCUCGGGGUGGGCCUCACCUUCCUGUUCCUUUGCUUUCAGAUGUCAGCCACCCUGGUUGCCUUUUAUCUCCAAACUCGCUGUGUGUGUGUGUGUGUGUGUGUGUGUGUGUGUGUGUGUGUGUGUGUGUGUGUGUAGGUAAGUAGGUAGGUAGCAGGUUAUCCCAUUCAUUCUGGGACUUUAGGCCAUGUUUUCUCACAAAGAAUUAUUUUAUUCUGUUCUGAUCUGCCAGAAAGAGUUCUCUCUCUCAAAUCAGAAGAAUUAAUCUCUCUCUCUCUCUCUCUCUCUCUCUCUCUCUUUCUCUCUCUCUCUCUCUCUGUCUCUCUCUUCUCUGUCUCUCUCUCUCUCUCCCUCUCUCCCUCUUUCUCUCUCUCUCCCCCCCUCUCGCUUUCUCUCUCUGUUUCCAACAUGGUCCAUGGCCAGUGGAGUUCUGAACUUAUUUUGCACCACUUGAACGUACUGUGAAGCCUCUCUCACUCUGACUUGCUCUAAGGUGUGUGCUGGACUGAGCUUUGUUUGCCUAGACGUUAGCUACAGAGAGACAGGGUUUUUCUAACACAUAGAGAUGGAAACUGCUUUGAAAACCAACACAAAUGUGUCCAGAUUCAAGUUUGCUACAAUGCUCACAUUCAAACAAUGAAUGUAUUUGUUCCAGGUCACUUACCAAAGCGACUCCAGACGUCUCUAAGCUACAUGACUUUGCUCUGUCCCUGAAGGCAGGGGGCACCAUUUGUACUUGAAGGCAAUAAACCUGCAAUCCGACAAAAAAUGUCAUUGCCUAGACUUGUCAGUUGGGCUGAUCCCCUCCCACUGCUAGUGCACAGUCAGACUGGACCACUGCCGCUGGCACAGUGGGGAGCCCGCCAGCCUCCCUUCUGUGGUCAUGGCCUGUGGCCCCCAGGUGUCUUCAGGUCUUAACCCUCCUUGAGUAGACUAGCUCCCCAGCCCUGUGUAGCUGUCAUGCUGGGCCACUGCGCUGGCCCGUGAUCAGCUUGGCAUUAGAGAGCAUCCUAGUGGAGAAGUAGGGUUGGGCACCCUUCACAUUGGAUUCUACAAAACCAUUUGGCACAUACUCCCUCGGGGCCAGGGCACCAUUGCCCACCACAGCCCCCACUCAGGCGGUGGCUUCUGAGGCUCAGGAAAGCCGCAAACAGAAGACUAGUUACAAAGCUUCUUUUCCUGUCCAUCACUGUUUUUAGAACUCUCUUGAGGUCCUUCGUAGGUGGGGUGAGGGUAUAUUUUCUUUGCUGUUCUUUCAGAGGGUAGUCGUAGUAGCCUGUGUGUGAUCUCAGCAGUGUUGCUUUAAGAACUCCCUGGGCAUCAUGCGUGUGCUUCCUUUAAAACCAUUCCAGAGGCCACUCCUCAGGCGACCCCAAGACCCUGUCUGUCGUGGUGUCUGCUUAGCUCCAGAAAAGAGCAAAUGCCCAGAGAACUUAGGGAAAUUGGUGUCCUCCUCCCACUUGGGGAUUUGCCCAGUUUGACACCUUAGAAACAAGCUGACCUGCCAUCGCCAGUAUCAAUGCACAGUUCAUUAUGAUUUGUCAUGCAGAAUAGCGUAAGGAAUAUUUUGACUUGAAAUAACCAAAGAACUCCUCCUUAAUGAGACAGUUCAGAUACCUGUGUUUGUAUUUCCUGACUAUCAGCUUAAAAUUUAAUUGACUUCCGAUUAAAAUAUUGCACUUUUUUUUUCCCGGAAAUGAUUUUACCUGCAUGUGCGCGCGUUGUGUUUUAGCUGCCCUCCCCACAGGCCCCAAAGAACUUUUCUUCCUAAUGGUUAAUGUCUUUACCCGGCUCUCAUUGACGCAAUGGAUUUUCAGUAAUGGGUUUAGAUUCCCUUUGAGAAAGCUUGUAUAUAAAAAGUUAACAGAUAUAUUUUAUGGAAAAACCCAUCUUAUUUUCAAAUAUAUUUAACUGCUGUUAUAUUUUAUUAGAGGAAGGUUGUAAAUAUUUUCUAGGAGUUCUAUUGUAAAGAAAAGUAUUUUUGAAAAAAAUUAAUGUAAUAAAAAGGAAACCGUUUUUAACUAGUG